AUGGCCGGCAGCAAGGGCAAAGCCUCUGGGCGGACUGACAAGGCUGUGUCAACAAGACUGCCCGACAAGGCCAAGGCCACGGAGGACAUCUGCCGAGACGGCGUGGAUGGCCUUCCGCGGCUCCCCAUCGAUGACCCGCUCAAUCCCGAGCUCCGGGUACUUUUCCAUCAUUUCUUCGACUCGGUCUUUGAUCGACUGGCCGGCAUAUUUCGAGGCCCACUGCUGGAGCCGGGGUAUAAAGACCGAAUGCUGGGAAUCGCGCUACAGGACAAAGCAUACUGUAUGGGCCUCAUUACUCAAGCUCAAACCGAUAUGGCAAUCUCGACGGGUGUUUUCACCGAGACGCGGGAGUCCUUGGAGCUCUACACCAAGCUGAUCAGCAUUUUCCGCAAUCAACUUGCCGCCAGCACCAGCCGCGGGCCUCCUAACCCGCUCCACAUCGAGCUGGCUCUGUUGGUCCUCUGCAUUCUGUUGUCGUACAACGUGACGCGCGGAAGGUUCAGUGAACUCAACAUGAACUGGGCCGCGAUGCGGCAACUGGUCAAUUUAAGAGGCGGUGUCCACAACCUGACCGUUGCGCUCGCUUAUGUUGUGCACGUGGAUCGACUCGGCGCAACCAUGCUGGGUUCGCAGCCGACUUAUGUCACUCACUCUGCCCGGUUGCAUCGAUUCAGUCGCCCGCCCUGGGGCACAUACAGUCCCGGGUUUGUGCGGCUUGAACAAUUCCAGCGCCAUCUGAUCACUCGUCCUGUCCUCGAGCAUUGCUUGAACACGUGUGAACUUUUGGCGCUCUAUGAAGCGUUCCACCAGCCAGCGCUCCCAGCUCCAACAACGCAACAGGGCACUAGCACUCGUCCGCCGCCACCUUCGAGCUCAGAAUAUCUAUACUACCUCCGUGACAGGGUAGACGAAGAAUUCACACUUUUAUAUUGCAGCAUGCUGAAGCAAAACACGCCGUCGAAAUGCGUCUUGAUGGCGGUGAGGAUCGUCGAAUAUCCCGUGACCUGGGCCAACUAUGUGCCCUCCCUGAUCGUGGAUUUAUGUACCGAAUUGUGCACAUUACUACGAAAGCAGGAUUUGUUUGAGUGUUGGUUUGGUGCGUCCGAUCUCCUGGGCUGGAUUCUCUUUGUGCUGUUAACCAGUCAAUGGCCGUUUGCCGGGCGCGAUUGGGCCCUCAACAACCUGCGAGGCAUCAUCGGUGCCAAAUACGGCUCGGCACAGUGGCCCGAAAACUGGUGGGAAGAGGAACUGACCAGCGUCAAAUCCUUUGCCUGGUCUGAUGCCCGGUUUUUGCCAAAGUUCAGACAGGUCUGUCGAGAACUCCAGACCGGGACCCAUCAUCAAUCGCCUUGGCAGGAACACAAACAAGCCAAAAUCGAGCCGGUUGAUGAACCAUAA